UCUAAUGUUGACAGAUUCACUCGCUCACCUCAUCUAAUUUGCUAAAUAAAUUUUCAAGAUAAAAAAUAUUUGUCGGACUGAAUUUGGUGUUUUGGAAUUUUAUAAACGUGUAGAUCAAAUAAUUUUUUACAAAAGUUUUGUUAAAUAUCGCAACUUUAUAAAAUGUCAUUCCAAUCACCAAUGCCUAGCCGGGAGUUCUUAUGGGAUAUAUUUAGAAGAGUGGACAAAGACCGCAGUGGGUAUAUAUCAGCUGAUGAGCUGCAACAGGCUUUGUCAAAUGGUACCUGGAAUCCGUUUAAUCCUGAGACAGUAAGACUUAUGAUUGGUAUGUUUGACAAACAGAAUAGAGGUGUCAUAUCAUUUGAAGACUUUGGAGCACUAUGGAAAUAUGUCACAGACUGGCAAAACUGCUUCCGUUCCUUUGAUAGGGAUAACUCUGGGAAUAUAGACAGGCAAGAACUGAAAAAUGCACUCACAGCAUUUGGGUAUCGGCUAUCUGAUGAAGUUGUGGGCACCAUGGUUCAGAAAUUUGAUAGAUUUGGACGAGGCACAAUUUUGUUUGAUGAUUUCAUCCAAUGUUGUGUAACUUUAUAUACAUUGACAUCGGCAUUUCGUCAAUUUGACACAGAUCAAGAUGGAGUGAUCACAAUCCACUAUGAACAGUUCUUGAAGAUGGUAUUCGGUCUAAAGGUAUAAAGUGUUAAACAUGGUGAUGAUUUAAACCACCUAGGUUUCUGUAAAAUACCUACAUUACGACAAUCAAGCAAAAUCUUUUUAUACAAUUAUUGAGGUUUACACAUUUAUCAAUGUUAUUAUGCGAGAUGUCUAUCCAUCACAACCUCUUUUUAUAGCACAACGCAUUAAGAGUAUGUAUUUUUUUCUAUGCCAUUUUUAUAUUGACAAAGAGAAUAGAGUAAACAGAGUUUGAUAUUUUUUUAGUGACAUGACUUUGCUAACUAUAAACCAUCUAAAGACGCAUGAGAGGAUUUACAGUAAUCCGCCCUAAUUUCCGAAUUGUUUGGAGCAUAUUGCGGAGCAAGGGAAUCCAUAAACGCUUCUGCCCAUUCUAGAGACGGUGGGUGGGAACGGGAUGAAAUUUGUUGACAGCCUCUAAAUUUUCUUAUGUUGUUCCAUAAAAAGCGAGCUGGAGUGGAGGGAGAUAACGAUGAGCAGAAGGACUUCCAACCCUCUCGUUUCUUUGAACGAAGAAGGAGUUUUGUUUCCGCAAUGCAUUUGUUAAGUUCAAUGUAUUUAGCCAUGCAAAUGUUGUUACGAUAUUCUAAUUCGCAUUUCUUCCUUUUUUUAAUUGCCAGUGUGCAAUGCGGAUCCCACCAAGGAGGGGAGCUAAUUUUCCCUGAGGGAGGGUUCUUUACUGGGAGGACUAAUUCUGCACAUUGUAGUAAAAUUUUAGAAAAAGCCUCGGCACAGUCGUUAAUGUUUUCUGGGAAAAUCGGAGGAAGAAGGGAGGCAGAUUUGUUUAAUUCAUUUUGAAAUUCAGGCCAAUCAGCAUUAAGUAGAUGAAAUUUGAGGAGUGGAAGAGAUGGAGUUUGGAAUUGUUUAGACGGCACAAGUGAUUUAAUUAGAAUAGGAAAAUGAUCGCUGCCAAAAGAUGAAUCAAGAGUUUCCCAGGAAAGAAGAGGUGUAAGACUGGAAGAACAGAGAGAAAUAUCAAUCGCACUAGCUAUCUGACCAGGGCGGGAGCGUCUCGUAGGAGAGCCAGAAUUUAGGAUACAGAGAUUUAAAUCAUCAAUUAUUUUCAGAAGUUCGUUACCUAACACGGAGUCAGACUUGCUACUACCCCAAACUUGAUGAUGGCAGUUAAAAUCUCCUAGAACUAUAAGGGGGGAGGAAAGGAUUUUAACAUGGAGGAUAAAUGGGAAAGAAUUGUUAUGGAAGGAUUAGCUAAAUAAACCGAUACAUAAGUACAGUUAGCAACACGAGCAGCCACCACAUCAAAAUCAGCAGGAUGGGUAACAUUAAUUUUAUUUGGUAUAAGAGAGUUCCUAAUUAGUAGAACACAACCAGCGUAACCAUCAGGUCUGUCAUCCCGAAAACAUGAAAAUCCAGGAACUCUGAAAUGAUGUUCUGGUUUUAACCAUAUUUCCGAAAUCGCAAGAAUGCUAAGAUUAUAUUUAUUGAUUAGAUAAAUUAACUCCGACUUCUUAUUUUAAUUACUCUUACUAUUCCAUUGGAGAAUAGUUUGGUCCAUAAUCAGGGGAAGAAACAAAAGAAGAAAAGAGAGAGGCAACGUGGGACAUCAUACUAUUAUUAUUGGGGGCUGAAAAUAAAUUCGUUAAAACAGAUAGCAGUUUUAGAAUAGCAGCAAGCACUUUUUCUCCCUCUGAAGAGGAAACGGGAUUGUGAAGAGCUGUUCCAUUAAAAGCUGAUAACGGGUUAUCAUUCACCAUAGCCCUAUGGGCUUUUUGAUCAUAACCACUUCUACGAGGGGGAGGAGAGCGGGCUCUGGAAAAAAUCGUUUUUUUAUAGGAAGAAUUGUUGGUAGGAGAAGCUAGGAUGUUGGCAUAAGACUUGCCUCUCAUAGGAUGAAGUUUGUCAGCUUCUAAAUAUGAAAUAUUUGUCUCCGCCAUCGUUUUUUUAAUAUUGCAUUGCCUUACGUAUUCCGGGCAAGAUUUACUUGAAGCUAGGUGAUUAGCUUCUCCUUUACAAUUAAUACAUUUAGCAUCCUCAAUUUGACAAGUCUCACCAAGGUGGUCUCCGCUGCAACGGAAACAAUGAGGAGACGACCGACAUUUUUCUUUAGUAUGACCAAACCUGCAGCAUCGGAAACACUGGGUGGUGGGAAAUGUAUAAAACUCCACCUUUAAAGAAUUAUAACAUACAAAUAUCCUGGGGGGAAGAAUUUGACCAUCAAAGGUGAUAACUACUGUCUCAGAGGGGACCCAAUUAAAAGUACCGUCUUGAUAAUUCGUUUUUUUAUAGUUCAGUCUACGAGAUUUCAACACUCGACCGCAUCCCUCCGGAACCUUCACGAAAUUGAUGAUAUCUUCUGGAGACCAAUCUGUCGGGAUACCUUUCACCAAGCCCACUCUGGUUACGUUUGAAGAAGGGAUAAAUGCCUUAAAUUUUUUGUUUCCCAAGGUGGGGGAUGUCAGGAAAUCAUUUGCGUCCUGAUAAGUGUGGAAGCUCAACGACACUCUGUUGCGUCCCAAUCCUUUGAUAGAGCCAUCAAUGACGUUAGGGAACUGUCUUUGAUGGAGAUGUAUAAAUUGUCCGAAAGAGACAGGGUGAAGCGAUGCUCCGGGGGAUAUGUUGUCAUAUUGAACGUGGAUGGUGAAGGGACCUGGGUCACUCUGUUCAUACCUGUCUCUUUCCUGAGUCGUAAUCGAGGCAGAUAUAUUAGGAGUUGUCACAGCCGAUGAUGGGGGGAAGUUUGUAGAUAAGCAGGAGGGGUUACCUGCGAUGGGCCAACUUGCGAGUUGGACUUUUGGCCGAGGGCUAAUUCGGACUCUUGAGAGGAAUCUUGACCAAGAGGAAGACCCGAAAAAGAAUUUUUAUAAAUACCUUCAGUAAUUCCACUGCCUAUUUCUUUAAAAUCCGAUUCGGUAUUUGGGGAACUGCGAGAACGGGAA